AUGAAUUUAUUCGGCAAGAAGAAAACUCCCCAAGAACAACUAAGGGAAAAUAAUCGAGUUCUUCGGCGUACGAUGAAUGAAUUGGAUCGGGAGAGAUCUCGACUUGAGAUGCAGGAAAAUAAACUAAAGGCUGAUAUUGUUAAGAUGGCCAAACAAAACCAGAUGGAGACUGUAAAAAUAAUGGCAAAAGAUUUAGUUCGAACUCGAAACUACAUUACAAAUAUGAUUAAGAUGAAGGCCAAUAUUCAGGCCAUUAGUUUACGCAUGCAGUCAAUAAAUUCCACUGCCCAAAUGUCCGAUUCCAUGAAACAAGUGACGAAGACUCUUGUCUUAAUGAAUAAGAAGAUGAACUUGCCCGAAUUACAGAAGAUUCUUAUGAAUUUUGAAAAGGAAUCUUCAAAGAUGGAAAUGAAAGAAGAAAUGAUCUCUGACGUCAUGGAUGACGUAUUUGAACAAGAAGGGGAUGAUGCCGCAACUGAGACGAUUGUUCAACAGGUUUUGGAUGAGCUGGGUAUCGAGAUUUCCGGUGGUGUUAACGGCCUACCGACAUUGGCUGGUAGCAUUGCAGGAAAUGAGGGUGCCAUUAAAAAUCGUAAUGACGCCUUACCUGUUCCCGCAACUGGUGCUGACCCUGGCGCUUCCACGGAAACUGACGAGCUUGAAGCUCGACUUCGCAAUCUUAAGCGCUAA